AUGUCUCGGAACAAGAGCUCUUCAGCCAACCCCCAUGCCCCAGGCAGUAGCCAGAGCAAGGCUCCCACUGCCGCUUCGGCUAAGGUUGGCGCGCCAGGCAAGAACAAUGAUGAGUACUCUAACUCAUCCACUCCACACUCACCUCCUACGGUCAUGUCUGACAAAACCACCACCGCGGCCUCGCCCUCUUCUGCGAUGGCCUCUCUGUCUCUGGACUCUCGGCAAAAAUCAUCAAACAGCCAGAAUAAGUCUCUCGAUCUCGUGCCGGCCGAUGAGGUUUACGAGUCCGAAGAGGAAGUGCCUCAGUUAUCAUUUUUUGAUGAGAAAUAUGCGACUUGCUCUUCCCUUGGUGAGGCAGGCAACGGAGUGCAGGUCCGCGUCAACAGGCUCCUCAUCACACCUCGCGGGAUGUCAGAUGCUACGAGCUAUUUCGUGUACUCAAUCACGCUCCCAAGAAUCAACAACAGGAAGGUGACAAGCCCUAGUGUGAAGAGAAUCAUGAUUGGCAACAUUUUGGCUGCGCUGGCGAACGGGAACAAUAUCAAUCAGAUUUGCACAGAUUGGACAACCUUUUGGUCACCGCGGGACCGUUGCGAUACGUGGUCAAUCCAAACCUCCUUCUACCGGUACGGGGAGAUCGGCAUACCAACAAACGUCUGGCUCAAUUCCAAUUUGCCAACCAGACAGCGGCCAACACACUUCUCAAUGCUGCUGCAAUACUCAAAGAGGUGAGAAUUUUGAACAGGGCGGACCUUGCUGACUACAUCAAUGGGCGCACUGCUGGCAACUUCAAUUAUGGGCACUUCACACAGGCUCUCAACAUCAUGGUUCGGCACUUCGCCGCCCAGAAUACCAUUCGUGUUGGCAAGAACCGAAUCUUCGACACCAACCCCGGUGGGAACCUGCCGUCCGGCUUAAAAUGGCACUAUGGGUUUGCGAACUCUGUUCGACCAGGUACAGGAAACAUAUCGCUUCAGCUGAACUCAUCAACGACGGCAUUCUUUCCUCAGGGGGAUCUCAUUGCUUUCUUGCGUCGCUAUUUUGGCGCAGAUUUCAAUACUCGCCCUACAACCCAGAUCGCUCGUCAGCGAUUGAAUAAUCUCAAGCCAGAAAUGCGCGCCAUGCUCAAUCAAGUCCAAGUCAGAUACAAGUACAAACCACCAGAUCCUGCGAAUCCAAAGGCGCCCUUAUCACCAAUCACCAAUCACCAACGGUGCAUUAGGACGAUUGAAGCGUAUUGGUGGUUUUGGAGAAUCAGCCCGACUGCAGACGUUUAACCAGGGCGGCCGUACGGUCACUGUGCAGCAUCACUUCGACACCAAUGUCCUUCAGCGUCCGCUUCAAUUCCCCGAACUACCCGUUGUGAAUGUCGGUAGCAGACUCCAGCCCACUUGGAUUCCAAUGGAGCUGCCGUGGGUAGAACCAGGUCAGUAUCAUCGCGGCAAGGUCCCGGACGAGGAUAUGCGCGUUCCGCAGGGGCUGCCACAGUUCGCUCGCAUGGCACCACCAUUACGCAAUGUUCGGCACAUUCAAGAACAUGGGGGACAGCUGCUUCAGCUGACGAACUUGGAGCAACACAACAUCCUAAAAGUCGCUCCAACCAUGACUCUGGUCAAUGGCCGCGUGCUUCAGCUGCCUCAUCUCCAGUGCUCUCAAGCUCUCAAUGGAACAGGUACCGAUGUUCAUCGAGCCAAGGGCUAAUGGAACAUGGAGCGCAAGGCUUUCAAAGGCAGCGAGCCGCUGCAGCAUCUGGUUGUACUCGUUGUCGGGCAACAGAACGCAGCGCUUGCUCCGUCUGAUCUGUUGAGGUUUGAGCAAGAGUUGAAGAGACUGCGCAUGAAUUGCCGUCCUGGUACAAGCACUGUGAGAUACGCCAAUACAGCAUCGGACACGCAAUUGGAUGCAGCAUAUGGGCAAAGCACCGCGAAAACCGUCUUGGUCGUCAUGGACGGACAGCCGAACACUUACGCUGCCAUUAAGCGAUGGGGCGACAUUCAUGCAGGCAUCAACAGAAUCUGUUCGCGCAGAGUCAACGUCGCCAAGAUGGGUAAUGACCUUGGAUUUCAAGCAAACCUGGCCUUGAAGUUCAAUGCGAAACUGGGCGGGAAGAACUUCAUUUUGGCCGACACCUUUCUGAAACUGCAUCUUCACGCUGGCGAUAGAAUGACCAUGAUGGUCGGUGCUGACGUCGUUCAUCCGGGAGGCGCCAGCGUGGAGUAUUGUCCCUCGAUCGCUGCUGUGGUUGCGAGCACCAAUGGAGAGUGCUUCAAUUUCCCAGGCUCAGUGCGUCCUCAGGCUGGUCGCAAAGAGGUAAGUCUGUGGGCACGGUCGAUCACCGCACAUACUGACUUUUGGCAGGAUAUCACUGAUAUGUACGACAUGAUGCUCGAGAGACUGACGCACUGGUAUCAUAACAAGGCCAACAAGAAGACGUUGCCGGAUCGCAUUCUGUUCUACCGCGACGGCGUAAGCGAAAAUCAGUUUGCAACUGUGAAGCAAAACGAGCUGGCUGCUAUCGAGCGCGCCAGCAAAGAGGCUGGCCGAGUCUUUGGGAAACCGGACUACAAACCACUCAACACCGCUGUCGUCUGCACCAAGCGCCAUCAAACGCGCUUCUUUCCUGCAACCGACGAUAAGACAGUAUUCGAAAAUCGCAACGGUCACUUUGAUCGCAACGAAAACUUCAAGCCAGGUCUCGUUGUCGACGAUCCCAGAGUCCGUCUUCCGAACCAUUUUGACUUCUUCCUUCAAAGCCAUAUGCCUUUGCAAGGCACUGGACGCCCAUGCCAUUAUUUCGUUCUGGAGAACCAGAUGAACCUCAGCCCCGAUGAUCUUCAGCGCAUUGUAAGUUACUUAGCAUCUCUCUAUUCCAAGACUUCUACUGACGAUCUUCUUAGACCUAUGGCCUCAGCUGGAUAUAUGCGACCUCCCUCACUCCGGUGUCUUUGGUUACUCCUGCGUACUAUGCCGACAAGUUGUGCCAGCGAGCUCGAUGUUGGCUGUUGCAUUACUUUGUUGGCCGUCAUCCAAACCGAGAUCAAGCCGUUAAUUUCGUCGCGGGAACCUCCGGUCUUCAGAACCCAAACAUGACCGAUGAUCAGAAGCGAACCGCUGUUGCUAAUCGUCUGGCUACGGGUGGCAGCCCGGAUUGGCCACGCAACGCUAUCAAUCCUUGCAAUCCCGCCGUGCAAGGAACUAUGUUCUACGUCUAA